CAGAAACAAGACUUGGGAUUCUGGUAAAUUCGGGCCUUGUAAAGCUGAAGUUCAACCAUUUUUGUGAGAAGCCGCGCGAAUCAGCAUUUCUAAAAAAAAAAAAAAAAAAAGGAAAAAGGAAAAAGGAAGAAAGAGAGAUGGAGCGUAUGCUGCUGCUCUCUCCUCCAUCGCUCGCCGCCCGCCCAGAGAGGUUGAACACAAUCCUCAGCUCUCACAGUCGAUAUGCCACUGAUCUCCAGAUGCUUGAUCGCGUAGCGGCCGGCCUUGUGUCGCUACCGCAAUCUACCUAUGAUAUUGUCAUGCUUUUAACAGAUGUUGAUGGGUUGGGAACAGGCUCGACCUCCGCGAUGGGUCGCGGGGUCAUCCAAUCCGUCGUACGUGCGCUCCGCCCAGGGGGAAAAUUUAAAAGAGAAAACGGGACUUUCCCAUCGACGGAAUGUCCAGACAACACCGAACUUAUGCUUGCGGGGCUGGUGUUCGAUGAUACUGGCGGUCUAUUAAAGCCGGACUUUGGCCCUGAAAACAUUGUGCCACUUAAACUUGGAAAAAGAAAACCCGUCCACUCAGUUUCGAGCAAUGGCACAGGUACUAGUGGACCUCAUGUCAACAUGCAAUUAUCGACUGGGUCCAUGCUGAAAGGACAAACCACGACCAUCAAAGGAGUAGGUUUCGUCGAUUUUACCGACGAUCCAUCUCUUUCCGAAGCCGAUAUCUAUAGCGGGCAGACGGAUGACGAACUCAUUGAUGAGGAGACACUUUUGGAUGGAGAAGACAUGGGGCGACCAAUUAUUCAACCACCAGAAUGCCGCCCAAAAGCUGGGAAACGUCGAAGGGCUUGUAAGGAUUGCACCUGUGGACUUGCAGAAAGACUGCGUGAAGAGGAUAAGGCUGCACGCGCCAAAGCAGAUGCUACUUUGGAAACUAUGAAACUAGCCCCUAAAGAGCUGGCGGAAGUUGACUUCACAGUCCAGGGCAAGCUGGGGAGCUGUGGGAAUUGUGCUCUUGGCGAUGCUUUUCGGUGUGAUGGAUGCCCAUAUAUUGGCCUCCCUCCAUUCAAACCUGGCGAGGAGGUCAGACUUUUGAGUAAUGAUGUCCAGCUUUGA